UACCAAAUAAAAUGCCAUGGGCCCUUGAUCCCUUUCUUGACCCACUCGUUACAGAUAUUGAAGAUAGCUUUAUUAAUGGUGUCACUGUUGAGUAUGCAGCAUGUGUUAAUGGCAUAGAACCUGGCCCGGUUACUAUAAGCUGUUUAUUGCUAUGUUGGACUGGAGAUCAUCCAGCCCAAUGUGAAGUUGGUAAAUUCCUUGCUGCUGGUGGUGUUCAUGCAUGCAGAAGAGACAAAGUUUCUGGGACUUUAUCAAGUAGUUCAAGAUCAAAUCAAUAUUAUUAUGGCAAUUAUCAAUAUCACUAUCGCUAUCAAUGGUCUCAACGGAUGCUUUCUGAAUCUGUUGAUGACAUGGUAUCAGUCUCUCAAGAAGAUCGUAUCACAGUGCACCGCAAAAAAGCCAGUGAAACUGGUUUUACAGAUGGUUCUAUUGAAGAAAGGCUAGAUGCAAUUCCUUUGACUGCAGAAUUGAAAGAUGGAAGAAUUCCUCAGAGUAUCACAAGACAAAUUGGAUUUCGGAAGGCUGAGGAAUACCGCUUAUCCUGCUUCAGAAUAUGUGCUCGGUGCAAAGUUACCAGAUUGUCACUAUGAUGUUUGCAUUCUAAUUGUAAGGAUAACUGAAUUAGUUUUUGGCUGUGGAAGAAAUGGAUGGACACAACAUUCACUUGAAUUGCUGCAUAAUCUCAUCUGGAGGCACAACAUUCUGACUGAAGUAGCAGAAGGUCUAGAAAGCUGUGUCACAACUCUUCACAAUUUGGUCCAUCUGCCAGAUGAUAUAAAGCGUUUCUCAAGUCCAGACAAUUACUGGUGUUUCGUUUUCGAAAGAGCUGUUCACACUUACGUUGAGCGUUCAUCGAACAAUAAGCAUUUAGAACUUACAUUUGCUAAGGCAGAAAGUCGAAGAGAGUUACUAAAGUUCUUAUUCAGCAAAUCUAAUUCAUCUACGCCAUGUUUUCAAGACCAACUUCUUCAUGCAAGUUCCAUCACAAAAGCACGACUCUGCUUUAGUAAUUGUUAUGAUAAUCGUGCUAUCCUUGUUGGAGGAAAAAAGACAAUUACAGUACCGUCUAACAUGAUACAAUCACUUGUACCUUCCUUAAUGCAACCUUCUGAGACAGUUGGUGUGUCAUGUUGAAGUGUAUUAUUACUACAUCAUGGAUUCGACUGAGUUUUGUAUAA